GUUUUAAUACCAUAAUCGAAUAUUGUCUAUUAGACAUACGUUGUCCACUUCCUGAUUUAUUUGAGCAGCAGAAGGAUUAUCACGGCGACUAUGCAAAUGCAUAUAGAAUAUUUCAGAUCACCUUAUCAAACAAUCUCGCCAAGCUACACGUCAUUCAACCCUCAGAAGUGCACAUCGGUGGCUAUUUACAUUCUCUUAACUUGCUCUCUCCCACCUUAGUAGCCCUCUCCAUCGAAGAGGUUGCGGAACUAAUCUCUACGCCCCUUCGCGCUUUGCAGCUGCUUCGUGGAUAUUUAUCCCGCUUAGCGCGCACUGAACUUGCCGUUCACGACAGUCUUCUGGAACUGGCCAAUACCAGCACCUCAUUCUCGCCCAGCGACAACCAUCAAGCCAAACGAGUAGGCGGGCCAUUAACUGCUCGCCUCAUCCCCAUCAAAGUGGGCGGUCGUCGCUUGACUGGUCCGGGAAGGUUGUUCGGUGGAUCAACCCGUAAAGCUAGAAUCUGGGCGGACACUGUUGAUGCCUCUGUCUCAGGCGGAGCCAACUCGGCGCCAUCGGAAGAAACUUCGUCUGGCCAGUUGAACAAAGCUUUCAACACCACUGUUGCCGCCAUCAUCACUGCAGCCUCUUCUUUCUCGUCCUCUUCCAGUGUCACUGCUUCCGCUGGUCAUUCUCGCGAUCAACGCACUACACUUCUGCGUGGUUCAAGUACACAUUCCAAGCUCCAAACCGAUGCCACACAAGUCGGCUUACAGGAUCAGCAGUCAGUAUGGCCAGAGUGUGUGGAAUCGCAAGUGUCCGGCCUCAUUAGGGAAUUGACUGCCGCUGCCUUGGAGCGCAGCACACGAGCUCGUUUGCGUGGCCAGUUCCAUGCACGCGUGUCGUCUGCCCAACUGGACCUUAUUGUCAACUGUUUGGAGCGACUUAGAGCUGCUUAUCUGGACUAUGAGGCUGAGAUUAAAACGAAAAAGAAGCAGGUGAGCCUGAAAAAUGUUACCAACUCCCUCUUCAUAUAA